GCGAAGCCAGGAGCCCUGGCUGAGAGCAGCAGUGCUCUGUGCUGGUGACACCAAGGCGGUGGCUGGGUACUGGCAAUGCCUGGGUAACUAGCUAGUUCCAAUCUAAUUUAACACAAUGUCCCAACAACGAGGCCUGCCUCAGAGUAAAGAAACCCUCCUACAGUCCUACAACAAGAGGCUGAAAGAUGACAUCAAGUCGAUCAUGGAUAACUUCACAGAGAUCAUCAAGACUGCUAAGAUUGAAGAUGAAACCCAAGUCUCUCGAGCGACCCAGAGCGAGCAGGACAACUACGAGAUGCACGUCAGAGCUGCCAACAUCGUCCGAGCUGGCGAGUCCCUGAUGAAGCUUGUGUCCGACCUGAAGCAGUUCUUGAUCCUCAAUGACUUCCCCUCCGUGAACGAAGCCAUUAACCAGCGUAACCAGCAGCUGCGGAACGUGCAGGAAGAGUGUGACAAGAAGCUGAUCUCGCUGAGGGAUGAGAUUUCCGUUGACCUGUACGAACUAGAAGAAGAAUAUUACUCUUCCAGGUACAAAUAGGGCCAUGGACUCCCAUGUACUAACAAACCUCCUCUUGUCUCCAGCCCUUUCUGAGAAACAGGAUAGGAGAGCAGAUGGUCCUUAAGACACAAGCCUAAAUGGAUAUUUCCCCUUAAAAUUCACACCUGUGUUUUUAAUUAGAUCAAACUUGUCUUGUACAACCUAAAACAAGCCAUCGAGAUGCUAAGCAGUCAGGCUGGUAUGAGGAAGAGCCUUUUUCUGUGCCAGUUCUUCACAAGUGUCCUAACUACAUAACGUGCCUAUUCCUUACAGCUCACCACCACCAACUGUCUGGAAUCUAUUUAAAAUGAACUAAAGGGACAUCAUCAAGUAGCUUAGAAUCAGCAUUUUUCUGUCUCUAGCAGGGUGAGAGGGUUGGUGGGUUUUUUGUAAAACCUACCCCUAAUGUAUCUUUUGUGAAAUCUUUUUAAAGACUUUCAAUAGAACAUAGGUUCUGGUGGAUACAAACUUUUUUUUCUCUCCUAAUAUGGUUGCAACCCCCAACCUGGCUAGUUAAUGUGAUCCAGUAAGUGAAAGUUUCCAGAAUCAGAUCUGAAAGUGACUGGUUCGGUUGCACUGUCCAAGGUCAGUGAAGUGCAACAAGUUAAUCAACAGCAUAAAUGGUGAAAAGCAAACUAGCUCUUUAAACUUCUUUCACUUUUAAUAAGCUUUGAUAAGCUGAUUUUAUUUUAGGGAAUUAAAAAAAAAGUUUAGUGGUAGUUACAGAUGCUCGAGUCAACUGGAACUUUGAAAAUCAGGCCAUAAUUUACUGGUAAUGCAGGUAUUUUAGAAAUAAAUAUUAGCCCAACAGCGUCCCUUUAAAAUUGAUGCAUUAUUUUAAGAAAACUUACCUUUCAUAGCUGGGAAAAGGAGAGCAACAAUUAUAAAAAGAUGUCUUAGGACAGUGAGAGGCCCAGUAAAUAUUUUGGAGAUGAGUGGAAAAGGAGUUGAGUAGGGUUACACAAUGCUGACUGAUCUAAGCAAAAAUUCAGGUCUUAACUGGGUCAGGACUUUAUUAUUUCAUCACUUGAUAGACAACAUCCACCGCUGUGCUGGCCGAACAGGGGUGUGUGAGGUUAUGGUGACCCAAAUGUGAGCCUGUGGUGUGUGUAUGUGACACUGUAACCAGAUGCUCUGGCAUGUACACUUUUGUGGUUCUAAAAUGGUUAUUUUAAUCUUUGGACCAAUGGGUUCUGACCAUGCUGGUGUGGUCUCUUAUCUACCGAGCUCUGAAACUGCACUCAGCCAUCAUUCCUAGCAGAACUACUGUCUAAGCAGGAGCAGGGGGGGUUUGUCCCCUCCCUCCCCUCAUUGCACCAAAUCAAUCCAGUCUUAUUCUGUUUCUAAUAUGAAGUGCUCAUGUGGUGAGAAAUCUUGCCUAGAUUAUAGAGCUAUGGUCUCUUUAAUGACGCUUCAUGUCCUGUAGCUGCACCUAAUGUUUCAUCCACUGGUCCUUGAGCACUUAUUUCCUUCUCCUUCAUGUGCCAUCGGCUACAGAUUUAACACAAUCUUUAUUUCUGCACCAAAGAAACAUGUGAGUGUUUAAAUAGACACAACAAGUGGCUUAUUCAAAGUACUUUUAUAGAGUCAUAAGGAUUUUUUUAACAGAAUUUUACUGUCUGAUGUGGAGAAAGGGGUUUCUAUUUUGUAUUAAACUACACAUGGCUGUAGGAUGUUAAUUGUGUUUAAAUGUCUGUAAAUGCAAGACUCAGUGUAUGCCUGGAGAGGGUGACAUGAAACUGAUUCUGAGAGCUCAGCUGGGGGUCAGUAGCUGUCAACUGACUUCAGUGGGAGCAGGACAGUAGGAUUCCACACGACCACUGUUCCAAAUUGCUCUCCCAAUCUCUGGUUUCUGUUGGUGGCUUUUCACCAUCCCCAAUAGUUAGAGCUUAGAGUUUAACGCCUGAAACGUUGUUGUUUCCUGGCAUCCCUUUGGGUGAAGCUGCAGAGCCGUGCGUUCUCUGCACCCAGUCUGUUAGCCUCCGACUGGUCCCUGUGUAUUGCUAGGGCCCACAGAUCCUUGUGCAGACAAAACUCCUGUUGACUUCACUGCUUGUCUGUGGGAGAACUAUAGAAUUAGACUCUGUGCUUUUGGGUAGGUGUCACCUGGAAAGGCAUAUUCUCACUCCCAUCACAGUACCAGGGGUUUGGGAGACACUCUUGCCCCAUAUACUGGUAAAUACUGCAUGUCUGUAGGGUUUUUGCUAGUAAAUACUGAUUUCAUGAGGAAACUUGCAAGCCAAGAAUCUUUCAAAGCAACUCAUGUGCUUUUGUGUUCUAGGCAGGUGCCUUCCCACGUGGUCCCAGUAGUGUGGCCUGGGGGAGCAUUUAAUCCUAGCAUCCGCCUCCCAACUUCUCCUUUGGGGUCACAUCCAACAAAGCCUCAGGGUCCUCUCCACUGUGAGAUUGGAUGGUGCCUUGCAGAGCCCCAUGGCAACUAUGAACUUCAGGUUACUGGCUGGAGAGCUGUAGUGUAAAUUUUGAGGUCUAUAUAAUUUGGGGAGGGUUAAGGGAGGGAGGGAGGAGAAGGAGAGAUGCCCACUUCUUUUCCAGAGCUGUAUUCCACCCGGAUGCUAGGCUGAAGAGUUCUUAGUAGUCCUCCUGUGUGAGGUCUGCUGGACACCAGACCCUAGUGCUCUGGGAUCCAGUCAUGAGGGGCUGAGAUCCAGGAGACAUGGUUGGUGGUUUCAGGACUAAUUAGACCCCAGUCCUGCAGUCCUUCAUGCAUACCUCAGUGGCAGCCUUGUUUUGCAUAGGCACUGAAGGAUGGGGUGAAAAGCCUUCAUACCCCAAUGAAGGGACCUCACUUGGUGAUGGUGCAAAAGCCCCAGAUGCUAAAUGCCCACCCCUUCUCUCUAGCAAACCUAGCGGGGCGACUGCUGGAAAAGAGAUGAUUUGACUUGGCAUUGGGUGAAUUCUCUGUAACUGCCAAAAACCAAGUGCUUUAAAUCAGUGACCUCCUCAUGUGCUUAUUCCCCAAAGCUGUAGCCCCGGGCACUCCAGCUUGCCUUAUCCAGCCACCUGUGGCCGGAGCUCUGAAUUCCUGGUCCACACUCCUGUCUCUCUGAGAGCGUGGCUUGGUGACUGGAGGGUGGGUUUGGAGUUCAACCUGCUAGACACGUCUCUUCAGUUCAAAGUGUUUAGUCUCUUUUUAUAUAUAUUUUACUUUUAAAAUAUUUCCCAUAAAUCUCUAUUUGAGUCUAUUAAUGGUAAAUAAAACAGAAACAAGAAAAUCCCUGGACCUCUUGGGUUUGUUUUAUUUUGAACAUAAGCUAUUUCCUGUUACAGCACUCACUUCGGUCUCUGGGUGUCUCUUGCAUGGGCAGCUCCUUCCUCUCUUCCAGCAUUUUUUCCCCUCUAUUUUUAUUUUGAUUUAUAGCCCUGCCACUGUGCAUCCACCUCAGACUUCAGAGCAGGACCCAGGGCAACACAGGGACAAGAGAUGGCCAGUAGCUUAGGAACACAAGAUUUGUCAUAAUUGUUCACCCUACAGGUCCACCUAAUCUUAUACCCUGCAGUGGUCAACCACCGUCACCUGCUUUUUCAGAAGAGCUGAGCACACACAAUUCCUGUUGAAGUUACUGGGAGCUACAGGUGAUCAACACUUCUGAAAAUCUGGCCAAAGAUGCUGCAGGAGAAGGCAUAAAUCUCCCAUAAAUCUUUGCCAAUCUGGUAAUGCUAGAGAUGGGGGUGGGGGGUUUCCUGACCCCUACAGUGAUCCUGCAGCAUGAGAAUCGAUUGUCCUUUUCUUGGUGCACAACUUUUUUAGCUAUUAGUCAUAACACUAGAGCAGGGGAGAAGGGGAUAGAGGCUUUGGGUUUUUUUUGGUUCUUAACAAAAAGAAUGGAAUGAUGAUCUUACAAAUACAGACCUCCAAACAAUUCAGUGACAAUCUAGUAAUGCUCCUUGAAAGAACUUAGUCCUUUUUUUUUUUGCAGGGGAAGUUGUUUGGUUUUUUUGCCCCAUGGUAAAUCAAGAAUAAUCCUGACUCUAAACACUUACAGCCCAAACUUUUAAAAGUGGCUGCUGGUUUUUAGAUCUUAGACCUGAGUGUGAAAGGUGCAAAGUAUUCGCAGCUCCCAGCAGCUGGAGGUGUGAGCACACUCCACUUUUCUAAAAAAUCAGGGUCAGGUGUAUUAAGCUGGACACCCAAAAUUACUUGCGAAAUUAGGGCCAAAGGGCCUGAUUCUCCUCUCAGUUAGGUCCAGAUCUCUCAGUGAAAUUGCCAGGGAUGAAAUCCUGGCCCCACUUACGUGAAUGGGAGUUUUACCAUUGACUUUAAUGAGGCUGGGAUUUUGCCCCAGGUGUCUUUCCUUUGACUUGAAUGGGAAUUAGAGUGGACCCACAUGCCAAUUUCAAACUGGAGUAACACUGCUGGCUUCAAUGACACGACCCCUGAUCCUUCCCAGGGCAGUGAGAUCACACACCAGCCCGAGCCCUGUUAGGGAACAUCAGUGUCAUGAGACUCAUGAUAAAGUUUAUAAUCCACAAACAUUAUGUCCAUGGACGCUUUUGCCAUUUUCUUAACGCUUUGCUUCUGUCUUGCUUUCUCCCCUCCCCUCUUUUUUUUCCCCCCUCCCCUCUCUGAUUGCACCUGCUGUCUCUCCU